GCGGGCGGGCGGCCGCGGAGUGGCGGGCGCCGAGCGGUUGGCAAAGCGGGCGUGUUCAAUGGAAGUAUGCUACCAGCUGCCGGUGCUGCCCCUGGACAGGCCGGUUCCCCAACACGUCCUCAGCCGCCGAGGAGCCAUCAGCUUCAGCUCCAGCUCCGCGCUCUUCGGCUGCCCGCAUCCCCGGCAGCUCUCGCAGAGACGUGGAGCUAUAUCCUAUGACAGUUCCGACCAGACUGCGUUAUAUAUUCGUAUGCUGGGAGAUGUUCGCGUAAGAAGUCGAGCAGGAUUUGAAACAGAAAGAAGAGGUUCCCAUCCGUACAUUGACUUUCGUAUUUUUCACUCUCAAUCUGAAAUUGAAGCCUCCGUCUCCGCCAGGAACAUCAGAAGGUUACUGAGUUUCCAGCGGUAUCUCAGAUCCUCGCGAUUUUUUCGGGGUGCCACAGUUUCUAGUUCUCUAAACAUUUUAGAUGACGAUUAUAAUGGACAAGCCAAGUGUAUGCUGGAAAAAGUUGGAAAUUGGAAUUUUGAUAUCUUUCUGUUUGAUAGACUAACAAAUGGCAAUAGUCUAGUAAGCUUAACCUUCCAUUUAUUUAGUCUUCAUGGAUUGAUUGAGUACUUCCAUUUAGAUAUGGUGAAACUCCGUCGAUUUUUAGUUAUGAUUCAAGAAGAUUACCACAGUCAAAACCCUUACCACAAUGCAGUCCACGCUGCAGAUGUCACUCAGGCCAUGCACUGUUACUUAAAGGAACCCAAGCUUGCCAAUUCUGUAACUCCUUGGGAUGUCUUGCUGAGCUUAAUUGCAGCUGCCACUCAUGAUCUGGACCACCCAGGUGUUAAUCAGCCGUUCCUUAUUAAAACCAACCAUUAUUUGGCAGCCUUAUACAAGAAUACCUCAGUCCUGGAGAACCACCACUGGAGAUCUGCAGUGGGCCUGCUGAGAGAGUCCGGGUUGUUCUCACACUUGCCAUUGGAAAGCAGGCAGAAGAUGGAGACUCAGAUAGGCGCUUUGAUACUAGCUACGGACAUCAGUCGGCAGAACGAGUACCUGUCACUGUUCAGAUCUCACUUGGACAGAGGUGACUUACACCUUGACGAUGGCAGACAUAGGCAUUUGGUACUACAGAUGGCCUUGAAAUGUGCUGAUAUUUGUAACCCAUGUCGGAACUGGGAAUUAAGCAAGCAGUGGAGUGAAAAAGUAACCGAGGAGUUCUUCCACCAAGGAGAUAUAGAAAAAAAGUACCAUUUGGGUGUGAGUCCACUUUGUGACCGUCAUACUGAGUCUAUUGCCAACAUCCAAAUUGGUUUCAUGACUUACCUCGUGGAGCCUCUGUUUACAGAGUGGGCCAGGUUUUCAGACACAAGGUUGUCACAGACAAUGCUCGGACAUGUGGGGCUGAAUAAAGCCAGCUGGAAGGGACUGCAACGGCAACAGCCCCGCAGCGAGGACACCAGUGCUGCAUUUGAGUUGAGCUCACAGUUACUAACUCAGGAAAAUCGGCUGUCAUAGCCCUGAACCAGUGGGUCAGACUCCCUCCUGCAAGACUGUGGAAAUGUGAAAUGGGUCUUGACGGAGGCGAAGAGCUGACUCUUGACUGCUGAGGUUUCUGAGGACGUGGGGCCAGCAUUAUUUAUCAAGGUUUCUUCUGUUGGGUCAUUUAUGCCUGGUUUUUCAUGUAAGACCUGAUUAUACAAGCAAUAUGCUCUGCAGACACUGACUUCUGUGUGAAGCCCUGAGUAUGCAAAGCCCAGCAGAAGUGCUAGAAAGGAUUAACAAAGGAAGGUGGCUGUAGGUGUGCCGUGUGCUUUCGAAGUGUGUGUCCUUCAAGUGCUGAAACUUGAAUCUCAGCAGCAAUCUUGGUCCAACCAGUCCAGUACCACAGUGCGUCUGUCCCUCCACUGCAUCGUCUCUGAGAACAUGGAAAUGUGAAGUGCCCAGCCUCUGCUGCCUCUGGCAAGACUCAAUGUUUACAAAUCAACUCUGAAAUACUGGUUCUCAAUUGCCUUGGAGCGUGAUGGUGAAGGACCCACGGGCCAUUCACAGCUGAGCUGGAGACGGGAGCUCCUUCCCGGGGUUUGCCUUUUUCUUCUCUGGAUGUCAUCAAAGCCUCCUGUUUGCUGUUUUGUCCUGUGCGCUGGAGACUGAGCAUUAAUCACAGCACCACCAAGCUUUUCACUCCAGUGCUGUUUGGCAAUGCAGAUUUU